AGCCCGGCGCUAUGGCAUCCUGCCGGGGCUUCGGGCUCGGGCUCUUCCUCCUCUUCCUCCUCCUCCUCCUGGCCGGGAAGCGGCUGCUGCAGCAGCAGAGCCAACCGUGACGGCCGCGCUGCCCCGGCCAGAAGCAGGCGGAGCCCCCAGAAGUGGAACGCAGUUUCCAGGCUAAACAACAAAAUACGCGUAAGCCAUGGAGUCCAACCAGGAAUCCUCACUCUUCCUGGUGAAGAUACUGGAGGAGCUGGACACAAAGCAGAAUACUGUUUCUUACCAGGAUCUCUGCAAGUCCCUGUGUGCAAGGUUUGAUUUAUCCCAGUUGGCCAAGCUCAGAAGCGUGCUGUUUUACACUGCUUGCCUGGAUCCUAAUUUCCCAGCGACUUUGUUCAAAGACAAAAUGAGAUGCACUGUAAACAAUCAGCAAUCAAAGAAAAUCAUGGUUGCAGCAGAUAUAGUAACAAUAUUCAACCUCAUACAAAUGAACGGGGGAGUGGCCAAGGAGAAGCUUCCAGUUGCAAGGCAUAAAGUGAAGAAGAAAGAGUCCUUUGAGUCCUGUAGGUCUGACACAGAAAUCUGCAAUAUGGCAGACUGCGUGCCCGACUGCAUGCCCAACUGCGAGCUGAACGACCAGGAGUUCAGCCAGGGCUUUCCAGUCAGAAGGUCUUCAAAAUGCAGAAAGAUGGACUGCAAAGACUGCCAGCAGUUUGUCCCCUCAUCAGAACCCAACUUUUUGCUUGGCGUUAGUAAGGACAUGAAGGGCCGGGCUGCCUCUCUGGACAGGCUGCAGGCACUGGCGUCCUACUCCAUCGCCACUUCCCCACCAUGUGAGAUGCAGAGUACAUAUUUCCCCAUGAACAUUGAAAAUGAAUCUAUUUCAGACCAGGAUUCCUUGCCUAUAAGUGCAGGCAUAAAGGAAACUUUCAUUUCAAAUGAUGAGCCUUUCAUGAUGCAGUCGUGUGUCCAGAAAAGAAAUAUAUUCAAAGAAGAUUUUCAUAAUCUGAUUACAAUAUCUCCCAACUUAAUACCAUCCAACAAAACGCCAGAAGAUGGACACAGAGAGCCUCAAAACAGGAAAGAAAGCUCUAAGCAGACUUUCUUUAACCACAGCUUUGAAAUGCCAUACAGCAGCCAGUACCUGAAUCCAGUUUAUUCUCCUAUGCCAGACAAAAGGCGAGUGAAGCAUGAAAGUUUAGAUGAUCUUCAAGCUUCAACAUAUUUUGGCCCAACUACUGUUCUUGGACCCCAGGACACCAAAAAGUGGACUGGAAAGCCAACCAAGCAGACUGCCUGGCCAGCUAAAAGCUGGAGUUUAAAUACUGAGGAGGUCCCUGACUUUGAACGAUCAUUUUUUAAUAGGAAACAGUCUGAAGAGAAACCACGAUACCAGGCUUCCAGCAACCCAUCUCCAAACUUUCCUUCAGUUGACAGACAUCAGUCCUACCUAAAUGCGAAGGAUCAGCAACCAAUUAUGCAGGCAAACUACGCUGUGAAACCCAAUGGGCACAAACCCAAGGAGAUUCCGUCCAUUCUAGAUGUGGAGAAACAUGAGCCAGUCAAAAAGUUUAAGGAUAAAAGCAUUAAUUGUACUUCUGUCCAGAUCUUAAGCAUUGACAGGACCAUGAGUGUUGGGACACAAACGGAGCAGCAAGUUCUGGACCACAAGAAAUGCAAGGAUCUGUGUGCAGCUGGCCAAGCCAAGUACAGCGAACGGCACUCUCUUAAGCAGUCGGAUGAUGACUCUGAAAUUGUGAGUGAUGACAUCAGUGACAUUUUCCGGUUUUUGGAUGACAUGAGUAUCAGCGGCUCCACGGGAGUGAUGCAGUCUUCAUGCUACAACAGCACUGGUUCCUUGUCUCAGGUGCAUAAAUCAGACUGUGAGAGCUCACCUGAGCACAAUUUGACUAAGAUCUCCAAUGGGAGUGCCUGUAACAAAUUGGAUAAAGUGGUCCGGGCAGACAUCAGUAACACAGAUGAUGAACUGAAAACGAGUGUCUGCAAAUUGGUCUUGAGGAUUGGCGAAAUAGAGAAGAAACUGGAAUCUCUCUCAGGUGUCCGAGAAGAAAUCUCUCAAGUCCUGGGAAAAUUAAGCAAGCUGGAUCAAAAAAUCCAGCAGCCAGAGAAGGUCAGUGUACAAAUAGAUCUCAAUUCUUUGACAAGUGAUGCCGCAUCAGAUGAGAGUAACUCCCCGCAGAUAUUUCAGUGCCACAAUACUCCUCAUGGAGGCAAACUGGAGAACAAUCCAGAAUGGUGCUGUUCAGAUGCCAGUGGAAGUAAUAGUGAGAGUCUUCGAGUAAAAGCCUUAAAAAAAAGUUUGUUUACUAGGAGGUCAUCGAGAUCCUUAACAGAAGAAAACAGUGCAACCGAAUCCAAAAUAGCAAGUAUUUCCAACUCUCCCCGAGACUGGAGAGCUAUUACUUACACCAACAAAGUUGGCAUUACAGAGGAGGAAAUGAAAGAGAGAGAUGGAGGAGAAAAUAAGGAUUGGCACAGGAAACCUAAAGAGGCAGACAGGCAAUACGAAAUCCCACAGCCACAUAGACUCUCUAAACAACCAAAAGAUGCUUUCUUGAUUGAGCAAGUCUUUAGUCCUCAUCCCUACCCUGCAUCACUCAAGUCACACAUGAAAAGCAACCCCCUGUACACAGACAUGAGGCUGACGGAGCUGGCUGAAGUGAAACGCGCCCAGCCGUCAUGGACCAUAGAGGAAUACACGAGGAAUUCGGGGGAUAAAGGCAAGAUUGCAGCGUUGGAUCUACAAACUCAAGAAUCUUUAAACCCAAACAACUUAGAAUACUGGAUGGAAGACAUUUAUACUCCUGGCUAUGAUUCCUUAUUAAAACGGAAAGAAGCCGAGUUCAGAAGAGCAAAGGUUUGCAAGAUCGCUGCCCUGAUCACAGCAGCAGCUUGUACUGUUAUUCUGGUCAUCGUAGUUCCCAUUUGCACAAUGAAAUCCUGAACCUGUGGACAGACCCGUGACUCCCAGCCACGUGUAUCUCAGAUAGCUCACGCUGUGUUUCAACUGGCUGAUGGCAAAACUGUAAGGAAUUUGCUAAGGAACAAUGUUGUGAGGAUAUACUGAUGGAGAGUGCUGUAAAUGAAGGCAAACUACAAAACAGAUAGAGAAACAUUUUUGGAAAAGUCUUAUUUUAAAUAACAGACUGUGUGGUGAAGUUAAUGGGAACUUGGUUCAAUUUUUAUGCAUUUUUUAAAGUGCAAUAUUUUUUUUUCCUAAAGAAAUGAUAUUAUGUUUUACAGAAUCAGAGACUGAUGAGAAUCCAGGCAAAAGAAGAAGGUUAUCUGAGCUAUGUUGCAUUUAAUGGAGGUGUGGGUACAUGGAGGUAGCACUGUAUAGAAGGGAAUGUUCUAUAUGCAUUACAUCAGGGAGCUAGGAAAGUCUUAAAGCUCUCUACAAUGUAGAAAACUCUGAAUGUAUUGUAUUUAUUUUAUAGUAUUUAUGUAUUUCAUGGUCAUUUGAUUGAAAGCAGACUGUGUAGCUGUGAACAGAGUUCAUUCCUAUGUUCAGAUUAAAAAGGGCUCUUUGUAUUUGGUCUUGCCCUAAGACCCACUCUAUCAUCACUGAGUACUUAGAUAAGUGCAAUGUGCUGCAGACCAAAAAGAUUAUGUUUUAAAGCAAUCACAAGAGGUUUCAGUUGCUUCUGUUGAAAAACAUUUGCAUAGAGCUGGCAAGCUUGCCUUGCCAAAAGGGUAUUCUUUACCUCUGCAGACAGUGAAAUUGUCUCAAUUUCACUCCUGCCAGCAAGCAAAGCUGGCAAAUCAAAGCAACACUCUGUUAAAGUUCUUGGAAAUGUAAUCUGAACAGUUAUAAUUUUUUUCUCAAAGUCUUUGUGCCUUUUUUUAGACUGUAGAUUAAAUAGUACUGUUUUAUUUUUUACUAUUUUAAGCCCAUAACAUAAUUCACAGCAUAAUGGGUACUAAUGGAGGUUCUUUUCCCACAAGCCUUCUAUACAGUUCCGAGUGCUCCUCAAGCAGCAGGGCUGGUGGUUACUGAGCACUUAUAUUAAGGGCACAAUUUUUCAGCAUUAGUAGAAACUUGCUGUUGAUGCAAUGCAUUUGGCAUGGGGAGAUCUUUUGCUUCCCUCUUGCUGAUGUAUUUAAGAAUAAUGGUUGACUCUACUGGACAGCAAGAAGUCUGUAUCCCAUUGGAAAUGUCCAUUUGAUACUUUAUCCCAAAUGCAAAUAGCAGGUUUGAUGGAAUUCUCAGGCUAGGACAGAAAUUGCCUGUCAUGGUUAGUGAAAGCAAAUACCCAGACAGUAUUACUCUUCUGUCAAGUAUAGAUGGGAGGGGAAAAAAAAAAGUAUUUUCAGGAAAUAAUGUGAUCUUGCUGGUCCUCUAAGGGAAAGGAAAUUCUUUUAGUGAAUGCUCUUUUUAUGUAGGAUAAUUUGGUUUCUUCAGAAGCAGCCUCCCUACACGAUGACACAGCAGGUAGGAGAGCUUCGGAUGCUCCUUUCUCUGGCUCUCUGGGAUGUGCUGCACUCACUGUUUGUUUCUGGCUGGUUUAAAAAAAGUAUUGAGGAAAGGGUGUGUGGGAGGCGAAGGCUUUGUUGUGACUUUAGAUGUGUGUCAGUUCUUUCCUGCAGCUGGAGAACUGUUUAUGCGCUGCUCGCGUGCUGUUUUAUUUCGGGAUAGGUGAUCCCUGGGACUGUUGAUCUGUCAGAAAAGUAAGUGUAAGCACAGGGUCAGGUGUCCCAUCAGCAAAUAGAGAACAAGAGUAAGCCCCCAGACAACAUCUGUGCCUGCCUGGCCUGAAUCCUGACCCAAAUUCUGUAGCUUUUGGCCCAUUCUUAUUACCAAGAUAAUUUCUCUUUUCUCCCAGAUGCUGCAGGAUAGAGUCACAGCAGGGAGGGAGCAAUUCACACUGUCUAUUUUAGGCUGCCUUUGGUUAUGGUAUGAUUCAGAAUACCUGAGUACAGGAGCUCAGGAUCCAUAUGUAGUAAAUAUAGACAGGUAGAGAAACCCCUGGGGACAAUUCAGAGCUGCCAGCAAGAUAUCUAAUAUUAGACAUGUGAAAAUGCUCUGGGGGACACUGCAGUUUACCUUAUGCACAAUUUAGGUUGAUUGUAUAUAUUAAAAAAACCUGUUCCUGGUUCCAGGUAAUGUCAUAAAGCCCUUUGACACCCCUCCUUGGCCAGUGACAGGAGCACGGGGUGCUGUUGGAAGGAGCAGCGUGGCCCCGGGGCGGAUGGCAGUGUCAGUCCCCCUUCUGCCCACAUGGGUGGUGAAAGCCCCUGGGAGGGGCAGGAUGAGAAGGGAUGGAUGCUGGGCAGAUCCCCUGCCUUCACCAACCCCUCUUGCACUAGGCACAAGUGGUCUGACCCUGCUGCCCCCAGCCCCAAAUCAGCAGCACUUUCUCCAGGGCAUCUCAGCAAUCUGAUUUUAGAAAAUAUCUGACUAUCUAAGGGGAGAUAUGAGAAAGAUGCAGAAGAUGUUGCUGAUCACAGGUUUUGUCUAUGCAGGGAUUUUUAAUUUGUCUGUGCAACUCAUCCAGCUGGCACCAGAUGAGUGUUUGCAUUAGAGAUGCCCAGAAUCCUGGGAAGGGUUUUGCAGGUUAUGGAGCCAUGGGUGACAUGAAGCUGGCCCAACCCAAGCACUCAGCAUCCCAAGCAUCCAUGCUGCUCCUAAUUUACUGAGGUACUUUGCCCAUCUUUACUUUGCACAAGCAGCCAGUGGCACCCACCUCCAUUGGGGCAAUGGUUUCCUUACACACCAGACCAUGGUUUGUCAUGGAUUCCCUCUUGGGGUUUGAUUCGGCUCCUGCAGCCUCUGGGAACAUUUCCAUGGUACCAGGAGCCUGAGGGAAGCUGGGGGAGCGCAGUUCCCUGCCUCCCUGCUCUGCUAAUACCUCUGUGAGCUGUUCUCCUCCACUCCCUGGCUGCCUCUGCAGGCAGCUGCUUGGCACCGUGGGAUGUGCAUCCCUAGCCAUUCCCAGUGGGGUUUGAUCUGGCACAGAGCCCUUCUUAAAAUAGGCAUGGAGAUGGAGUGAUGGGAUGCUGCUACUGGAGGAAAGCAGCUGGGGAAGGAGGGACCCUGUGGUUCUGAACAGAGUGUACAAACUGGGUGAAAUCCUGACAUAUUAACCUGCAAGAAUAUUGUGAUCAAUCUUGUGAACCAGUUACCAACUAGAAUACACUGUAUACUAUAUGAUAGACUUUUGUAUAAAAAAAAUUAAAGCUAUAGGUACAUUGUAAUCCUUGGUGUGAUUGAAAAAAGUGUCCUAGAUUGUAUUACUUAAUUAAAAUAAUGAUGAGCAUAUUGAACUGUUUUUCGUAUUUAUGCCUUAUAAACUUGAUAUAUUACACAUGAUAAAAUGAAACUGCAAGAACUAUAAGAAAAGAUACUCCAUUUUGGGGGCAAAUCCCAUUUGCUUUUUCUAAAAAAAGAGUCCUGCUUGAAAUGAGCUUAAUAAAUCAUGUGUGCAGAAGAGCAAGAGGAGGAUAUGUCCCCAAAUGACUUUUUAGGAUUUGUUUUUUUUAAUGGGGCUUUGGUUAAUGUACUAUGUAAUAAUUUUAUUUUAUAAUGUUACUGUACAAUGUUGCCUUUUGGUUCAUUUAAAUAUAACACCAAAUAAACUUGAAAAUUACAGCAUCCUAAGUUUUAAUGAAACAGUUAUAAUAA